AAAAACACAUGAUUUCCAUAAGCAAUUUGGAUACAUGAAAAAUAUGUAUAACAGAUGAUAAAUGAUGGCUAUCACAAUAUCCGACUCUAAGCUUUAAUCAAGCAAACUAAGGAUUGAAUUUAAAUUAGUAAACGAGGCCCAUUUUAACUGCAUAAAUUAUUUUUGCUUGAGGCGGGUAACAGUACAGUGGAAUUACAUUUGCAAUCGUUAAAUUGUUUACUAUGUCAGUAUGUUAAAUAUAAAUUAAUUUUGGAACUAAUAGAUGUACAACUGCAUUGUUAAAACCCUAAAGGAGAUAUGAACAUGUUUAGAAAACUUAGAUGUUGGACUGUAGGUUUUGUAUUCUUCAUGUUUGCCAUAUUAUUGUUACAACAUAUUUUCAAUGACAAUGAAAAGACAUUAAAAAAACAUUCAAAAGAUCUGACAAGAUUGACAAAAAUAAGCUACAAAUGGAACGACACUGAAUGGAAAAUUUGGAACAAACAUUUAAACAUUGAAUUGGAUGAAAAAAUCUUGCAGGAUAAAAUUGAAUAUUGUAGGCUUUUCCCUUGCAAAAAUAAAACAUCUGCAUCAAAAACAACAAAUAAACCUCUGAAAAGAGAGAAAACUAUUUUACUGUACAACUCAUUUUGGGGUUUAAAAGGAUGGGAAUUUGGUGUGGGCUCUGAACCCUUCAAGGAGAAAAAAUGUCCAUAUAAUCAAUGUAGGAUAACACAUGAUCGGAGUCUUCUAGAAUCUAGUGACGCUGUUCUAUUUCACAUUACACAGUUAGGGCAGGACAAACCAAAAAUUAGAUUCCCACACCAACGUUGGGUGUUUUUCCAAAUGGAAAGUGCAGGCUUCCAGUACUAUCCUAUAGUAGAAUACAAAAACUGGAAUGGACUGUUUAACUGGACAAUGACAUACAGGAGAGACUCUGAUAUUCACAUCAGAUAUGGUGCAGUCUUGCCAACAUCUGAGACGAAGGACAUGUAUUUCUAUCACAGCUCAAAUGCAAUAAAACUGAAUGCUACCAAGAAGACCAAACCACUUGCAUGGAUGGCUAGCAACUGUAACAGCCCAGGUAAAAGAGAGCAGUUGAUGAAGCAGUUGGAGAAAUACAUGCCAGUUGACAUCUAUGGUAGAUGUACCAACAAGAAGUUAACAUGUGCAAAAAACACUAGUGCACAUGAUAGACAGCAUGACUGCUUCACAAUGCUAGAACAGAAAUAUAAGUUUUACUUUGCAGCUGAGAGCUCCAUGUGUAAGGGCUAUGUUACUGAGAAACUGUUCAACACAUUGGCAUAUGGUAUGGUUCCUCUUGUCUAUGGCCUAGAAGACUAUUCCAAAAUUCUCCCGCCACACUCCUAUAUUGACAUUACCAAGUUUGGAAAUGCGGAAUCUCUAGCCAAAUUCCUAAUAGAUUUACAUAAUGAUGAUCAACGUUAUGAGGAGUAUUUUGCUUGGAAGAAGAAUUAUACUGCGUUCAGCUACAGUGACAGUUAUCACCUCUCAUGGUGUGAUCUGUGCAAGAAACUACAUACAGAUACAACACCCAAAGUGUACCAACACAUAGACAAAUGGUGGAAUAAAGACUCUGAUUGUGUAGAUCCAAGACAUUUGAUGAAAUCAUGGAACAUUCAAUAAUGGCCCAAGCAAUAGUAUUACACUUUGCCAUGUAAAAUUCUCUCUGAUUUUUAGAUCAGUAAUUGAGUUUAUAGCUUUAUUUGCUGACUUAAAGGAAAGGCCUAAACUCGACAUAUUCAGAUUCAGUCAAUUUAAAAGAUAUUUUAGAGCCUGAGUUUUAUUUAUUGUGUACAUGAAUUAACAAUGCUCUUGCAAAGUAUAGAGUUUCAAACCAUUGUUUUGAGAUUGAAAUAGGAACACACUGUAACAUAGGAAAAAUACAAUAGAAUACAUGUGUAGAUAUUGUACCAUACUAAUCGGGGAUGAGUACAUGUAAUUUGUAAUUAGAUUAAAUCUUGACAAUACCUUUUUAGAAAAUUAUAACACAGAC